AUGGGAGCUGUCCCCGAGUGUGUGUUCACGGCCCCCUUUGCUGUCAACAUUCUCCUUCCAAACGCGGCUGCCUCUUUCCAAGCUCUCCCGCUGACUGGCGCCCACACUGAACCUGGGCCACACGUGAUCACGCCAGUGCCCCUCAGCUUCUGGACUCAGAUCAACAGUCGUGCUGAGGAAUAUGGUUCCCGACUUUCUCUGUGGCCACCGAAGGGCCAGUUGAAUGGUACCACACUGGGUUUUCGUGUGGGGGUGAAGACUUUGUGGUCCUUUCUCCAGAUCAGCAGAAAUAUGCAUGAAGGAAACCAAACGAGCAUCUCCGAAUUUCUCCUCCUGGGACUCUCCAGCCAACCUGGGAAACAGGAGCUCCUCUUUGCACUUUUCCUGGCUAUGUACCUGGUCACCGUGGUGGGGAACACGCUCAUUGUUCUGGCCAUCAGCUUGGACUCUUACCUUCACACCCCCAUGUACCUCUUCCUCGCCAACCUAUCCUUGGCUGAUGUUUCCUCCAUUUCCACCUCAGUCCCCAAAAUGCUGAUGAAUACUCAGACCAAGAGUCCAUCCAUCUCCUAUGAGAGCUGCAUCACACAGAUGUAUUUCUCCAUUGUCUUUGUUGUCACUGACAACUUCCUCUUGGGGGUCAUGGCCUGUGACCGCUUUGUGGCUAUCUGCCAUCCUCUGAACUACACGACCAUCAUGGGACCCAGGCUCUGCCUUUGGCUGGCCGCCAUCCCCUGGGCCCUCAGUAACGCCGUCGCCCUGACACACACCCUUCUGCUCCUCCGAUCUGCCUUCUGUGACGGCCACGCUCUCCACUUCCUCUGUGACUUGGCCCCGCUGCUCAGGCUGUCCUGCUCGGACACGACGGUCAACGAGCUCGUGCUCUUUGUCGUGGGCUCGUCGGUCGUCACCCUGCCCUUCGCCCUCAUCCUCGUCUCCUACGCCUGCAUCACCCGGGCUGUCCUGAGACUCUCACGCCCAGAGGGGCGGUGGAAAGCCUUCUCCACCUGUGGCUCUCACCUGACAGUCGUGUUCCUCUUCUACGGGACCAUCGUGGGGGUCUACUUCUUCCCCUCGCCCUCUGACCCUGACAACAGAGACAAGAUCGGGGCGCUGCUGUUCACCGUGGUGACCCCCAUGAUGAACCCCUUCAUCUACAGCCUGAGGAACAAGGACAUGAAAGGGGCCCUGAGGAGACUCCUCUGUGGGAAAAAGGGCUCUCCCUGUGAUGCCCUGAGCGUCUGA